AUGCCUCUUGAUAAACUAAGAAGUGCUACUGUGGCUGUUAAGAUCCGAAAGACCAAGCGAGAAACUCCAAAGCGUCCUAAGACAUCAUGGUUCAAGGAUGUUUGGUCGGAUGAUAUCAAUCAGCAGCUGGCGGGGACCUCACGAGUCCGGAAUAUGGUUGAUACGAGGAUGACUAAUCAUGAUCCAGGCUCACGACUCCGGAACUUGGUUGAUAUCAGAAGGAGUCUUCAUGUUGGAGCAGUUAGGUGUCAUGUUGCUCGAUUUGUUGAGUUUCUGAGCAAUAAUGAUUCUUGGCAGCUCCAGGUUGAAGCUGCUUGGGUUCUCACCAGUGCUUUUGGUGGCUCGACUCCUGCGAUUGACAAUUUGCUAGAGCCAAUAUUUCAAAAACUGUAUUACAAUCAGGGCAUACCAACCAAACAAUUCCGAACACUGCUCUCUAUUAGUAUGACUAAGUCUGCUCCGGAUAAGAAACUUGGUCUUUGCGAAGCUAUGAAGUUUAGUGUUAAUCUUCGAUUUGCUCAGUUUAUAAAGACGCCAGAUUUCCCGCAUCAGCUCAAGGACGAUUCUGCUUGGAUUCUCGUACUCAUUUUCUCUUUCCACCUCGCCGAUAUAUUUGGUAUGGUUGAAUAUGGGCUGGUGGAAGUUCUUGUAAAUCUUCUGGACUUUCCAGAUGAAAGUCUUUGCGAGAAGGAUGUGCUGGUAGUGGGAAAAAUUGUUGCCGGUGAUUGUUAUUGA